AGAAACGAUUCGUUUUUCAUUAGGAGCAGCAGCAGCUACGACAUUCAUUUCAUUCGGUUGCUCUCUCUUUCAUUUCGUUUCGUCGCACACUUGUGUUCUGUCGGCUACUCCCUCUCUUCAACGUCGUUUCGUCUAUGUCGCCAUAGCUUCUGCUAACUGCACUCAAGACCCAUAUCUGCUUCUGGAGUGUAGUGAAGUUGUGAGGGAUGGCACAGUGGGGUGUUCGUCAUCAAUCCAUUUUCAUUGCUCAGAAUGGAGAAGGUGGAAGUGAACCUCCUGAUAUUUCUAAUGAGGAGGAGUCUAAUGGUGAAGAAAAUCUCCUGAAACUUGAGCCUAUAUUUUUUCCAGAAGGUAGGAAAAGGAAGAGUCGCAGCCAUGGUAAGCUUAGAGAGGUGAAAGAGGAGCCAUGUGGUAGGCAAAGCACUAGCAAGCGUAAGACAAAGAAGCAUGAAAGCAAGGAAAGGUGGUCAGCCGAAAGGUAUAGCUUGGCUGAACAAAGCAUGUGGGAGGUGUUAAAGGAGGAAGGCGCCACUUUUGAUAAUCCAAUAACCCGACCUGCACUAAGGUUGGCUGCCCGUAAGCACAUCGGUGACACUGGACUUUUAGACCACUUACUGAAGCACAUAGAGGGUAAAGUGGCACCUGGAGGGACAGAUCGGUUCCGAAGAUGGUUCAACACUGACGGAAUCAUGGAGUAUUGGUUGGAGAGAGCUGACUUGGACGAGGUCCGGCAGGAUGCAGGGGUGCAGGACCCAUACUGGUUGCCACCAUCUACUCGUAGGGCAGGAAAACAGAACACUGAUUCUUCUCGGGAAUUGGAACUGCUGAAACUAGAAAUGGCUCAAAUGAAGAAAGAUAUGCAGGAGCUCAUUGCUAAGAAGCAAGAAAAAAAUGAAAUUAGUAUGAUGGAGAUGACUCACAAGGAAUUUGUGAAGUGGAGAGCUAUGACUGACCGUCGCCUAGCUGAAAUCACGUCUUCUUUGAAGGGUGUGCAGGGCAAGCAUGAUGAAUUGAUGAUUUGGAAAACUAAAGUUGAGCAGCAGCUUGAGGAAAUAACAAAUAAAUUGAAUGAUCUCCAAGCACCAAGGGAGGGCACCACUUUCAGUCCCCCUUCAGAAAGAUGGAAAGAUUGGAUACAAGGCACAGAUUGGAUACAAAGUACUAACCUAGACAAUGUUCAAGAGGAUGGAUUUGCAACUUGGAUUGGGAGUUCAGAGCUUAUUAAUGUUCCACAAGGGGUUGUACUUGAAGAUCCCAACUCAAUCAUACCAGCUGAGCCACUUAAUGAAGAACUGACUUACAAGAAGAGUGAUGGGACGGAGAUGGUGCCCAUGGGGCAAGAAGAGCAGCCAAAUGUGACCCCGGAUUCUUCUACAACUGUUAAUUCGAAGUCAGACCUCGACAACACAUUGAUGAUGUAUCAGGAAAUGUUCAUGGAUUUAUUCAAAUGGAAAGAAAAAAUGGAGCAGCAACUGCUGGAUGUAUCGAACACUGUAUAUGGAAUGCUGACAAUGAAGUAGUUAUUACUUGGAACGUUACUUCAAACUAUCAAGUUGGUAGAAUUAUAAACACCUUUCGGUCUUUCUAUUUGUUACUGUUAAAGUAGUAGAGUUUAGAUAUUGUACAGCAUUAACAGUCUGAUCGUUAAAGCCUUUGAUAACCACCAAGUUCAUAGAAGAGGUGCUGAGUCUCACCUGCUGGAUGAGCUGCAAAUUGUUGAUAAGUUUGACUGCCCUUUUACAGUAUAGUUGGUUAAUGAUUUAAGGUAGGUCUUCAAUGGGGAUGAAAUUGGUUGUUUUGUUGACAUGUUGGUUAAUAUUAUGAGUCUUCUAGUCUAGGUCUUUAGGUAGGCUUUAUCCGUAUCUAACUUAUUAAAGUUAUUUAAUUAGAACUUGUACUUAAACCUCCUUGAAGACCAAGUUGCCAUAGUUAUAUAUAGAAUUUCUUCAAUAUCGCGUUUACAG